GGACUUGUAGGGCCUCGAGAAGUCACAGUGGAGGGUGACCAGAGGAGGGUUAGGUUGGAGGGUCUUGUACCAUCCACUGUGUAUAUAUUAACACUCGUAGCAGAGAAUAGAGUGGGUCGCAGUCCUCCUUCACCGCCUCUCAGGAUCACCACUCAGGAGGAACCACCGACAGGACAUCCUCAGAAUGUUAAUGUGGUGGCAGUGUCGUCGACGGCGCUACAGGUAACGUGGGAGCCGCCGCCAAUUAACCUGACUCAUGGCACUGUUCUGGGCUAUUACCUGGGCUUCAAGGAUGCCAGUGAGGGGGAGAGUGGGGCGUAUAACUUCACCACAGUGGGCGUGGAGGGGGUGGGCGUGACCACUGCUACCCUGGCAGGUCUACGCCCACACGCUCGCUACGCCGUCGUGUUACAGGCCUUCAACUCCAAGGGCGCCGGACCCGCCUCCCCGCCCGCCCUCGGCACCACCCUGGAGGACAAGCCCAGCGCCCCCCCAGGUCACGUGAAAUGUGAGAGUGUGACGUCAUCAAGCCUUGUAGUGACGUGGUCACCUCCUCCACCACGUCACAGGAAUGGCGUCAUCAAUAACUACCGUCUUGCUUACUCCUACGCCUCCUCCCAUGAAGGAGGAAGGAGCGGCAGUGUGGUGUCAGAGGGCCUGGGGGUGACACUAGCUGGUCUCACACCCUGGACCAACUAUACUGUGACUGUAGGAGCCUCGACCAGGGCAGGGGAGGGCGUCCACUCUCACCCAUUCGUCUGUACCACUGAUCAAGAUUUACCAGAAGCUCCAGCUAGCGUAAAGGCGGUUGUCUCAGGACCUCGGGCGGCAGUAGUGUCCUGGGCCGCCCCUACUCACCCACACGGACGCAUCACCCGCUACACCGUCCACUGGGAACCUGCAGGAGGCCGGGGUGGUGCUCAUAGCCGCCGUGUGGAGCCUCAUCUGACCCACUUGACCUUACAUGACCUCUCUCACACAACACAUCAGGUGUGGGUGACAGCUUCCACUAAGAUGGGAGAAGGACCAGCAAGCAGAAUAACUGUGGUCAAGCCUUCACACACAGUACCUGCGGGCGUGUGGGCGGUGGGCGGGAACCUGACAGCGGCGUGGAAGGAGGAUGUGAGUCUUGCGUGUGGUUCAGUGGGUGUACCUGAGCCUACACUUACCUGGACUCAUCAGAGGAAGCUUAUACCUGCCAAACACGACAGGUUCCGGGUACAGCCUGACGGGACGCUGACGUUAGCUGACAUCCAGAGGAGCGACAGUGGCCACUACUCCUGUACCGCCACCAACCACCACGGCAGUGACGCAGUGACUUACAAUCUAACGGUGUUGGUGCCUCCAUCAUCGCCUUCCCUCCACGUCACCGAGACCACAGCUUCCUCCAUCAGGGUUCAGUGGAGCGUUGAGGAUACCGGGGGGGCGUCUCUACAAGGGGCCACACUCCACUACAGGUCGGCGGGUGGAGAGUGGGUGACGGCGGAGGUGGAUGGUGACCAGAGAUCUUACACAGCCACAGGUCUCCGUUGUGGCACCCUCCACCACUUCUACCUCACCGCCCACAAUCAUAUAGGCAGCAGCAUAGCCUCGUCAACAGAAGCAGCACGAACUAAGGGCCGGCCUCCUGAAGCUCCCCCACAAUUCCAGUUCGUAACCACCAACAGCUCUCAGGCGACGCUGUACCUGGCGCAGUGGGGUGACGGAGGCUGCCCCAUCACCCACUUCAGCGUCCAAUACCGCAAGGACUCAACAAGACACUGGACUACAGUUGGUAGUGAAGUUCCUCCCGCCCGUACCUUCGCUGUGGGCGGGUUGGAUGCGGGCGCCCGUUAUGAGCUAAGGGUGACCGCCCACAAUGCUGCAGGAGCUACACCCGCCCACUACACCGUCACCACACCCGGUAUUGGCCACACAGGUACGGGCGUAGGUGUAGGCGGGAGUGUUUGGGGCAGCACUCCAUCUACCUCCCCAGUGUGGCGUGACCCCCGGGUGCUGGUGCCUGCCACAGUGUCCGCCCUCGCCCUCCUUCUCACCGUCACCACCGUGUGCGUCUGCCUCAGGAAGCGACCCUCAGGUAGCCCAGGGCAGAAGGAGCUGCCUGAUGGAGUGACGGGCGCAGCGGAGGAGAAGACGGCACUACAGGCCCGUGAGGACGUGUACACCACCGUCAGGAGGCCGGCACCUACACCACCCCAGCAGCAGCAAGAUAUCAGAGACAACACAGGGGAAUACAGCGAAGAGGAUCUGUAUCCUUAUGCUACAGCAACCUUCCAGAUGGGUGGAGGUAGCCCGCCACCCCCAGCGCCACCCUCACCACCCACACAUGCCCACCACCCACAACCUCGUAGUCAAAAGGCCUUCACUGCUCUCGUGUACCAAGCACCUUCACUACAUGAUGUGGAUUCCCCCAACUUGAGUGAGAGAGAGAGCCGGGCACCACGAGGAUUUCCUUACGAGGCCUCAGAGACGGAGGAUUACGGCAGCGUCCUGGAGCCCGGGGCCGACCCCCGCUGCCCACCGCACCACCGCCGACCACCGCGUCACCUUAGGACCAGGUCCCCCGCAACGUCCGGCUCCCCUAAGACACGGCGGUCUCAGCAACACACCCUACGACCCACGCGCCACCCCAGGAGUCCGGCUGUGAGUCGACGGCUGAGUGAGGGCAGCAACUCCAUCAGGGACCACACAAGUGACGCCGAGUGUGACCUGCGCUGGUGAGGUCCACCUUGACUCACCUCAACAGGAGCCUUGGGUGAGCACAAGAGUAGUCGAUGUGUUUAGCGCAGCAGAUAAGUGGGGAACACCCCCCCCCCCGACUGAAGCAAGAACCACAACAGCCAUCACAAACAUCAACACUGAAGACCACCAUUGUACGUAACGACCUCCGCAAACAACGGCAACACUUUAAUUGCUGCUUUGCCACAUCAGGUCAGCAUUGUUUUGUUGGCAUUAUAGUUUGAGGUGAGUGUGUGCAUUAGUUUUCUAUGUUUAGUUUGUGUGGUGGACCUUCUGCAGUCCUCGAGGUGUGUAAAUGAGAGAGAGAGAGACAUAACUAGCUCCGGCUUCUGUCAUCGACUAUCUAACAGCUCUGCUCACCCUUAGUUUAUGACGUUGAAUUGAAAUACAGAAUUUCUCAUCGUAACUAAAAAAAAUUAAGGUCUCUGUAUAUGAGAGAAAAACAGGAAUUUAAGACAGUGUUGCGUGGUAUGAUAGUCUUCUAAGCAUCCAGUCAUGAGAGAAUGGUGCAAAUAUGUUAUUUUUUAUAUACUCGUAGAUUAUAUGAAACCAUUUUUGGAGUGAUAAUAGGAGCUCUUGUUGCUUAUAUGCAGUUUUUUUUAUAUGAUUGAGUCUGGAGUGUUCAGUGCCAGGCAGGAGAAAUUAAUUAUUGACAUAAAUCCUUUUAAAUUAUAGUCCUCAGUUUUCAUAAAGGAUAAUGGCCUUUACUUAUAAGUUUCCAUGAAAUUUGUAAAUAAUUAUAUAGGGUUCCCCCAAGCUAAAAGUUGCCUAUCUGUGGGAAUGAACGGCCCCCCACGGUCUUCCUCCCCAAUCACCUCUACCAAGUGUUAUUUGAGAAAGAACUCUCUCCUCACCACUUGUGUUUUUACAGUCGCUUAUCCAUCAGUUUAAUCAAACAUUGUAAUUUUAGGAACGUUAUUCUUAAAAAACAAAACAAUGGGAAGGUCUUUUUGGGAAGUUAAAUCUCCGGUAAAUAAAGACUUGACCGCCAUCACUGUUUCCUCUUCUUAGUGGGUAACACCAGCCAGCUACUUGCCAAGAUAAGCUUAUCAUCAACUCCUUGUAAUUCUCCGUUUAUCCUUAAAGUAAACCGUACGUGAUAGUAACAAAUUUGUUAUUGAGAGAAGUGACUAAUUGUCACACUCAUUGCUCUUCGUUUGACAGCCAAUAACUUUACGAAAGCCAUGACUUCUUGGAGUACACUUUACUGGUCUCAUUAAAUGUUGUAUUAGUACCCUACCCAGCUUUAUGUUGAUGAUUUGAGAACUACCUGUAUCCAAAUUAAAUGAUUAUUAUGUCGGUUAUUAUUUUGGCCGUCCAUAACGGCCGAUUAACGUACUUCUUGAUAGCCGAUUGAAACCCGUGUUUCGUAAGCCAAUGGCACUGAAAUUCAUAUUUUAAAUUAUUUAAUUGAAGAACUGUAUUUGGUGUUGUAAUAACCAAAAUGUCUUUAAGGUGAACUAACUUUGUAUAUCAGUGAUAAGUUCUAUUUACUUCUAUGGAUGUAUACCACCAAAGUCACAAUAUUCCUUUUAAAAUGUUAAUUACCGUCAUUAAUGAUUCUUUUAAGACAACUUAGCGAGGACUGUUCACCACCCUCGAACACUUCUCACAGGCAAAGAUCUGCAACUUCUUGUAAAAUACCACCAGUGUCGUGCCAAUGUUGAUCAAACUCCGAUGAAUUGAGUCAGUCAGUUACUUCCAGUUAUUAUGAAUUCAGGCUUCGCUCAGUUACCGGUUUGUCAGAGGUUGGCCUCAGUAACUUUCAUCAGAUCAAAUAUUAACCACCGAUGACCUUAAAUAUUACCCGCUAAUGACCUAAGUAAAGUAAUAACCAUAAUCCGAGAAUCGUACACUUGUAUCUCUGCCUCGUGAGUGUCUCUGUGAUAAUAUUGUGUGUGUGUGUUAAGUCAUUUUACCUUCCAACAAACAUCUAUGUAAAUUAUAUACAGUGUACUGGUUAUUAUCAGUAUAUAUUAUAUAAAUCGUAUUCCAAAUUAGUUCUGUAUAUAAAUCAAACUUGGCGUUGUUUCUGUAUAAAUGACGUACCCGGUGUUGUUAUGUCUGUACAUUAACUAUAUUUACUGUGUGGUUCAUGGUAAAUGUUAACAGAUGAAUAUUGGUCAAAGGAGAGUCUUGUACACACUCCCGGGACUGAUGACGUAUGUAGAUAUAUUAUUAACUCUCUGAUAUAAUAAGUGUUCAUAUUGUGCAUCAUCUUUCUACAAAUAUCCCAUACAGUACAGUAUUAACUUUUCCGUUUGUAUGCCCUUGAUGUAUUUUCGUAAUAAAUCCAAAAUACAAU